AUGCCAGCCGUCCAAAAAGCCAAGAAAGUCACCAAGACCAAGAAGGUCGCUGCCAAGCCAAAGACCCCAAAGGUCAAGAAGGCGUCCCCAAGGAAGGCUGCAACACCGAAGAAGGCCGCUAAGAAGCCAGUAAAAAAGGUCGCCGCCAAGAAGUCUCCAGCCAAGAAGGCUGCCCCAAAGAAGAAUAACUUUGCUGGAGAAUUCGACCUGGAUCUUCCAAAACGAUGCAUCUUAUUCCACAUCUCUUUCUAA